AGGCUGGCUGUGCAGUGCCCGAAGACCCAUCGGCCUGAUCGUUGAUCGGUUGCGCCUCCUGGUGAACUGCAGUCCCCGGCAACGCGCAGCUUUCAGCGCCUAAUAACAGCUUUAACGGCAGCAGCGAUUAUUCCUGGGUUAAAGAGAAAUCAGAGACCCCCGGACUGGAGCUCAACUAUUUUUGUGGAAGUUUGGUGCAACUUUGCCCCGGACGGAGCUGACCGUUGAACGCCUUUAAAGCCUGCGGUCAUGGAAUAGAGCAGCGGACUUAGGCCUGCGGAUAACUGACGGUAGCUAGCUAAGCUAGCUUUUGUGAAGCUGUCCAUAUUUGUUUGGGUGGCCGUGCUAGCUUUCUAUGUGCUAUUUUUGUUAGCAUAACAGCCAAGCAUAUUUGCUAUUUUUUUCUGAUGAGGUUAUAGUAAAGGAACCGGCUGAGGGCCACUGCGGUUAUUCGUUUCCCGAAGUUUGGCCAAGUUUAAGUUCCCUCUGAGUUAACGGUAUCUAAUAAGGAAACCAGCCAGCUUCGUCUUUGUCGUAACGUAUAAAGUGGAGGGAUGAUUUCUAUGCUACAUUGAUCUAUACACACAUAUAUAUAUAUAUUGCAAGGGAUUGUACGUUGAUGACUAAACAUCAGUUAGAGGCAGUCCAGACUGCACGGUGUCUCUGUCCCUUGAAGGGUUUACACUUCGCAGCUCGAGUUCUUUGCACCCCGUCCCACCGACCACUGUCUCCUGUCUCCGGCCGGCUUCAGCGGCUGGCCGCACGGCACUGAGUGCCCAAUGGAGGAACAUGACAACAUGGAGUAUUUUUACCAGCAGGUACAGCAGAAAGAUGUUACCCGCAGGUUGCAGGUCGGACAGGACCUUAUUGACUAUCUGAACGAUCCGCAUCGCUCCCCGGACGUAGAGCAGGACAAACCCCGGCUGGACAAGACUAUAGACGAGUUAACGGGAUGGGUGAACUCCAGCAAUUUCAAGGUGGCGUUGUUGGGGAUAGAUAUCUGUGGGGCAUUUGUGGAUCGCAUUGGAGAGCGGUUUAAAGGAUACCUUGGCACAGUGUUGCCGGCCCUGGUGGACAGGCUGGGUGAUGGCAAGGACCAGGUCAGGGAGAACAGCCAAGCCCUCAUCCUUCGCUGCAUGGAACAGACUGCCUCACCAAUGUAUGUUUGGGAAAGGCUGCUUCCUGGUUUAAAGCACAAGAACUUCCGCUCUCGAGAAGGAAUCUGCCUCUGUCUCAGUGCCACGCUCAACAUGUAUGGAGCCCAACCGCUGAGCCUCAGUAAAAUAGUUCCUCAUCUCUGCUCGCUGACAGGAGACCAAAACCCACAGGUACGUGAGGCAUCAAUAACAACGCUGGUGGAUGUUUAUCGUCACGUUGGAGAGAAGGUCAGAGCAGACAUUGGAAAGAGAGGACUUCCAGCUGCACGGUUACAGACGAUAUUUGCUCGUUUUGAUGAAGCCUUGAAUUCAGGCAACAUGGCUCUCAGCCCGAGUCACGAUCGUAGUUUUGAUGAUGAUGACAGUGUGGAUGGAAGUCGCUCUUCCUCAGCCCAAGCUGCCUUCAAGGUUCCCAAAGUUCCCAAAAAGCCUGCAGAGUCGUCCGCUGCUCGCAGGCCCAGCGCUACUGGUGGCAAGCUAGUGUCCAAGGAAAGUGCCGGGGCAGUUGAUGAAGAGGAUUUCAUAAAAGCCUUUACAGAUGUCCCUACUGUCCAGAUCUACUCAACAAGAGAUCUUGAUGACAACCUGAAUAAGAUCCGUGAGAUUUGCUCUGAUGACAAACACGACUGGGACCAGAGAGCCAACGCUCUUAAGAAGAUUCGCUCCCUGCUGGUGGCAGGCGCGGCCAGCUACGACUGCUUCUACCAGCACCUACGGCUACUAGAUGGAGCUUUCAAACUGUCCGCUAAAGACCUGCGCUCACAAGUGGUCCGAGAGGCCUGUAUCACUGUGGCCCACCUCUCAUCAGUGCUGGGGAAUAAAUUUGACCACGGAGCGGAAGCCAUCGUUCCCGUCCUGUUUAACCUCAUUCCCAACUGUGCCAAAGUCAUGGCCACCUCUGGUGUCUCUGCUAUCCGAAUCAUCAUACGGCACACCCACGUUCCUAGACUCAUCCCCCUGAUAACCAGUAACUGCACAUCCAAGUCUGUAGCAGUGAGAAGGCGCUGUUAUGAUUUCUUGGACCUUCUGCUACAGGAAUGGCAGACCCACUCACUAGAAAGACACACUGCAGUCCUGGUUGAGAGCAUCAAAAAAGGAAUUCGAGAUGCCGACUCAGAGGCCAGAGUGGAGGCUCGCAAGGCUUACUGGGGUCUGAGGAACCAUUUUCCAGCAGAAACUGAAGCUCUUUACAACUCCUUAGAGCCUUCAUACCAAAGGCCCCUCCAGUCCUGCCUGAAGAGCUCUGGCAGCGUGGCCUCACUUCCCCAGAGUGACCGCUCCUCAUCUUCAUCUCAAGAGAGCCUCAAAUAUAUAUAUAUAUCCCAUCACCUCCCACCCUUUCUCCAACACGAUCCUCCUGCUCCUCCUGUCCUGUCAGUCCCUGCGGGUUCAAAGGGUGGGGUGUCAUCGACCUCCCUGCAGCGUUCCCGUAGCGACGUGGAUGUUAACGCAGCAGCAGUUGCUAAAUACCGGCACGUCGGACAAACCGGGGGAGCGGGCCGUCUGCCCCCGGGGUCCUACUCCUCACUGGAUGAUGCCUCUGAUAAAACGGAUGGAACCAAAUCAGACAAUGGUCGUGUGCGUACCAAGCAGCCUUUGUCUACUGCCAGCACCGUGUCGAGUCAGGUGGACUCGAGAGGACGCAGCCGCACCAAGAUGGUGUCCCAGUCGCAACGUUCCGACGAAUCCGAUUGCACACCAGGAUCUCAGUCUGCUACCCCUGUCGGUGCUGGUAGUCGGAGCGGCUCCCCUGGUCGCGUGCUGACGAGCACGACCCUGAGCACCAUGAGCACCGGGGCUCACAGGGUGCUGGCUGGAUCCACCGGGGAUGGACACAGACGCAGCCGCAUCCCCCGCAGCCAGGGCUGCUCCAGAGACUCAUCACCCACUCGCCUGUCUGUGGCUCCUUCUAGCAUUAGUUCCAUCUACAACGGAGCAAGCAGAGGAGCUCGGGGCAGUCGUAUCCCGCGGCCCAGUAUGAGUCAGGGCUGCAGCAGAGAGGCCAGCAGAGAGAGCAGCCGGGACACCAGCCCCGUACGCUCCUUCACACCUCUUGCAACGCGGAGCUACUCUCGCUCCACCGGAGCUCUUCACACACCUGAUGCUUUUGGGGCUGCAGGAUCAGGUUUUGGAAUCAGUCAGUCAAGCCGUCUCUCUUCUUCAGUCAGCGCUAUGAGGGUCCUGAACACUGGUUCAGAUGUAGAAGAGGCUCUCGCAGAUGCACUGAAGAAGCCAGCACGGCGACGGUAUGAGAAUUACGGCAUGUACUCUGACGACGAUGCCAACAGCGAUGCAUCCAGCGCCUGUUCAGAGAGAUCCUACAGCUCCAGAAACGGAGGGGCCAUCCCCACCUACAUGAGACAAACAGAAGAUGUAGCUGAGGUGCUCAAUCGUUGUGCCAGUGCCAACUGGUCUGAGAGGAAGGAGGGUCUACUGGGCCUUCAGGCUUUGCUUAAAAACCAGCGCACCCUGAGUCGGGUUGAGUUGAAGAGGCUCUGUGAAAUUUUCACCAGGAUGUUUGCUGACCCUCACAGUAAGAGAGUGUUCAGUAUGUUCCUGGAGACACUGGUAGAUUUCAUCCAGGUCCAUAAGGACGAUCUGCAGGACUGGUUGUUUGUCCUGCUCACACAGCUUCUGAAGAAGAUGGGAGCGGACCUGCUGGGAUCCGUGCAGGCUAAAGUGCAGAGAGCCCUGGAUGUCACAAAAGAAUGUUUUCCCAACGACCUCCAGUUUACCAUUCUCAUGAGGUUCACUGUGGACCAAACACAGACGCCCAACCUCAAGGUGAAGGUGGCUAUUCUGAAGUACAUCGAGACACUGACAUUACAAAUGGAAGCUCCGGACUUUGUGAACUCUAGCGAGACUCGGCUGGCUGUUUCCCGCAUCAUCACCUGGACGACUGAACCCAAGAGCUCAGACGUCAGAAAGGCAGCCCAGUCGGUGCUAAUUGCCCUGUUCCAGCUCAACACUCCAGAGUUCACCAUGCUGCUGGCAGCUCUGCCCAAAACCUUCCAGGAUGGAGCCACCAAGCUACUUCAAAACCACCUGAAGAACACAGGCAACGCUGCACAGGCACCAAUGGGCAGCCCUAUGACACGUCACACCCCCCGAUCUCCAGCCAGCUGGUCCAGUCCAGUCACUUCGCCCACUAACACAUCCCAGAACACCCUCUCACCAAGUGCUUUUGACUAUGACACAGAAAACAUGAACUCAGAGGACAUCUACAGCUCACUGAAAGGUGUCACAGAGGCGAUCCAAAACUUCAGCGUUCGCAGCCAAGAAGACAUGAAUGAACCCGUCCAGCGGCGAGAAGGAGAGGAGGGGGGCAGCGGGACAGAUGGCAGACUGUCAGAUAUGGGCGACGGCGGGCGUAUGGCUCUGGACAAUAAAACGUCUCUCCUCAACACCCCCCUGCUCUCCUCCAGCCCCCGAGUAUCCCGCGAAUACUUGUCCGACUCUCCCUUCAAACACAGCCGCAAAGACACCAGCCUGGACGACUCGGAGCUUCAAACUGAUGAUAGCAGCCUGGAUCAGUCGGAGCUGGUGGCCGAGCUCCUCAAGGAGUUAUCCAAUCACAACGAGCGCAUAGAAGAGAGGAAAGCAGCACUGUGUGAGCUGCAGAAACUGAUACGCGAAAACACCCUGCAGGUGUGGGAUGAACACUUCAAGACCAUCCUGCUGCUCCUGCUCGAGACGAUGGGCGACAGAGAGCAUGUGAUCCGAACGCUGGCUCUGCGGGUGCUGAGGGAGAUUCUCAGCAAGCAGCCCUGGAGGUUUAAGAACUACGCAGAGCUCACCAUCAUGAAGGCCCUGGAGUCUCAUAAAGACCCUCACAAGGAGGUGGUUCGAGCAGCUGAGGAGACGGCAGCCAUGUUGGCGUUGUCCAUCAGUCCAGACCAGUGUAUCAAGGUGUUGUGUCCCAUUAUUCAGUCAGCUGAUUACCCAAUCAACCUGGCCGCCAUCAAGAUGCAGACCAAAGUGGUGGAGAGGAUUCCCCGCGAAGGCCUGAUUAGCCUGCUGCCCGAGAUUGUACCAGGACUGAUACAGGGUUACGACAACUCUGAGAGCAGCGUGAGGAAAGCCUGUGUGUUCUGCCUGGUGGCCAUCUAUUCAGUGAUAGGAGAGGACCUCAAACCGCACCUCAGCCAACUGUCCAGCAGCAAGCUGAAGCUGUUGAAUCUGUACAUCAAGCGCGCCCAGUCCGGCACCACCGGCAACGAACCCUCAACCGAGGGCCUAUAGGAUACAGAGCGCCGUCCCACAGGGCAACUACAGAACUGCAGCUAUGCCCACCCAACAUAAACCAUCUGUUCAUGAGAACACAGCAACACAGACUGAGAACAAAGCAUUCACAGGAGCAACUACAUACACCACACACACAGCUGUUAGGUACACACAGUCAUCACACGUGCAGAGGAGAGUUGUAGUUCUGCUCGCCAUUUCUUAGGAUCCCUUCUGACUGAACUGAACCCUCAAACUCGGAUUAAACUUAAACAGACAUGCAGUCACACCCUCCACAGGUUUGUCACUACUCACUCAAGGAUGAAGAUAUUAAAUGCCCGUCCUGUCCGCUCCGCUCCAUAUCCACAGCACAUUCCCUCUGAACAACAUCUCGAGGUCAACAGGAAGUGGUGCAUCUGCAUGGUUCUCAUUUCCCUGGGCGGUAAUAUUCCUCCAACGGUGCUGUCUCCUCGUUUCCUUCUCGAACACUCAUUAACUUGGGGGAGGGGGGCGCCAGGUAGACGGGAAUGUAAUUUUACAUUAUGUCAUAGUUUUGAUUUCUUUUACGCAGAGAGGUUUUACUGCAGUGGUUUUUAAUACCCGGAGUUUUCUCUCUCACUCAGACGUCAACACGUGUUUCAAAAAGGUGCUGAUGAGCCUGAACGGUACGACCGGCCGACCCCAGCACACGCAGCACUAACACGAGUCAAAGUGGGUCCUGCCUGCUCAUAGCAAAUACAGUACAUACAGAUUCCAAAGUUUAGGAGGCGUUAUGUGCUUGGCUAUGCAUGAGACGAAAUUUAAAAGAUUAAUAACUUUUUAUUGGCGUCUGUUGUCAGAGUGCUCUGACUGGGGUUUUAAAUUAAUGUGAACAGUGUCUGCCCCUUUCAGAUAAAUCCAUGAUGUCCUCCAUUUCUCCAAUCUCGCAUCAGUUCUGGGCAACACGUGGAGAAAGAUGGCUGCUUACUACAUGAAGUAUGACAGGACAUGGCUUAUUAUCACAUAGUGGAUAUGUAUCUAUAUAUGAUAUUAAAAUGGAGUAUCCAAAUAACAGUGUCAUUCAGGGGAGUUCCCCAGAGGGGGGGUGCACGCGCGCACCUGUGCCCAUCCUUGUUUUAUUUUUAUUUUUUUUCCCUCUCUCUCACACACUUAUUUUGUUUAUCUCUGCUGAGAAAUUUGUAGAAAUUUAUUAUUUACAGCUCUGGGAAAAAAGAAACAAGUCAUGUGUCACUUUUCUCCUGUUCGUGUCUUUCUUUCCUUCCUCUUCUUGUAACAUUCUAGUUUUCACUGUUGUUUCCUCUGUGCAUUUACAAAGCUGUGCUUACAAUAAAAUAAAGAACUUGUACAGAUCA